GUUACGUAGAUUGCACGAGGAAGUGGAUUGUAAACACUGCAUGGAGACUCGAUCGUGAAACAACCACGCUGUGCGAAACCUCCGCUAACAUCUACGUGCUAAUAUUUACGCGGUGGACGCUGGAGCGAGCCGUGGAGGAGACAUGUGCGCCGGUUUCCACACUCCCGUUUACUCCCACGCUGGACGGGGACACUUCCAGGACGUGUACGAGCCCGCGGAGGACUCGUUCCUUCUCAUGGACGCGCUGGAGAAAGACGCGCAGCGGCUGCACGACAUCAGCCCGGCUGUGUGCGUGGAGGUCGGCAGCGGCUCCGGAGCGGUGUCUGCGUUCCUGGCGUCUGUGGUCGGACCUUCAGCUUUGUACAUGUGCACUGAUGUGAACCCUGCAGCGGCGCAGUGCACAGAGAGGACGGCCUCCUGCAACAGUGUUUCACUACAACCUGUCAUCACAGACCUGGUGGAGUGUCUUCUUCCCCGGCUCAGUGGAAAAGUGGAUGUCCUCCUCUUCAAUCCUCCCUACGUGGUGACGCCGUCAGAAGAGGUUGGGACCAGAGGUAUAGAGGCCGCCUGGGCAGGUGGACAGCGAGGACGAGAAGUGACGGACAGGUUCCUCCCCUCGGUGGCACAGCUGCUGUCCUCUACGGGGUUGUUUUACCUCAUCGCCGUCCUUGAGAAUGAUCCAGAGGACAUCAUCCGCUUCCUGGGGAAACGUGGCUUGGAGGGACAGUCGUGCUUGUCCACAAGAGCUGGAAACGAGAGACUGUCCGUGCUUCGCUUCCACAGGAGACAAACGUGAGCUGACUCCAGUGAAAGGAAGAAUCUUGAGCUAACACAGGACGAGUCUUGGAUUUUACAAGAACUAAUUUUCCAGUUUCAGACUGAGGGGGGGGGGGGCUUCUGCUGACAUGAAAACUGUAUGCAACACUGCAACAGAGACAUUUUAUUAAUGAUGGACAAGAGGUCAUUAAGCCAAUGCAAGCAGCACAAGUCACACCAAGCUCAUUCCAUUGCAGACAAAAUUCAAACUGUAACAUUUAGCAUCGGAAUGUAUUAGUCAUUUCAAGUAAGAUGCUUCUUUAAAGUGGAAUUUCUACAUUAAUCUACCAAUAUCAACUCAACUGGAUUUGACAAUAGGAAGCAAGAGACAAGAGAGAGAGCAAAAGACAAUACUGU